GUUUGGCUUUGAUCUAAAUUCCAUCCAUUAGAUUAGUAAUACCCAAACUAAGACCCGCAGGCCACGGGUCAUAUCCGGCUAGUAAGAAAGUAAAGCUACAAGUUAUGGACAAGUGCUGACUGAUUACUUGAUUAGUGUUGAUAAAUUCCUACCUUGAUGUGUUUUACAGUGUGGUCUGUAUACCUAUGGACACAGCUGUGUUGGAAACUGCUACUUGAAGUGUGACAGCAUGAACUGCAUUGACCUAGUGCUUGGAAUAUGUCCGCCUGAAAAGAAAAAGUUCCUGUGGUUACUUCUCCUGCUGCUCCUGCCUGUACCAGUAUUGAUUCUUUAUGUCGUACAUGAUCGUACAGAUGAACCAAAGGCCAAAAAACAGGAUCUCUUGCAAAAGCGAUUAAAAACAAUCACUAAAUCUGCAAGCCUAAGGUCACAAGGCGCUGACACUGAGCAGCAAUUAAAAACAAUCACUAAAUCUGCAAGCAUAAGGUCAGAAGGCGCUGACACUGAGUCCCUGACGUCUCUGGCCAAGAUGGCUGGCAUUUAUUAUUUUCCUCCCGAGGAGACGCCCGUUUAAAUUCUUCCCUGACAUUAGUCAGUACUGUCAUUAUUUCACAGCCUGACAGCCACAUGUGAUUUCCUAGUGUUCUCACCAGCACAGACCUUAAGUCUUAAACCAUCGUGCUCCUUCCGAACAAAAGGCUAGAUCACCAGCCUACAGUGGUGUUGUUCUAGAUGAAGAUUCAUGUGUAAUGCGGAAGAGACUCGAUACAGGAAAUGCCUCUUUUAUGUUCGCUACAAUGUGUGCUAGUUGAAUGUGGUGAUAAACCAACGCAUUUUUUUUUCUAAUGUCUUUAUAUGUAACGUCUUUCAAUAUUAAGUUGAUACAAAAUGUGUGUUAUAACGUCUGACAAUUUAAAUCACUAUAAUGACACAAGACUUAUUAUUAUCAAUAUGUCAACAAGCAAUUUAACAAUGUAUGUUUUGUAUAUUGACCAUUAG